AUGUAUCUCAAUGGAGACAUUGGUACUUACAAUCAAUCUCUUGUCAUAAGAGACUCUCGCGAAUGUGCCAGUGGACAAGAAUGGUAUGUCUGCACUGCGAAUAACUUUCGAGGUUGUUGUUCUGUAAAUGCAUGUACAGUUUCAGAAUGUCCAGAUUCAAGUACCGCUGCAGUUGGCGCAUCGAGUUAUUCUACAACUUCUUCUGAAUCUAUCUCUUCAACUUCACCAUCAAUCACUUCCUCUGCUACUACAUUAACCACCUACUCUACUAUUACAUCGUCUCCAAUCAUCGCAUCCUCACAAGUUACAUUACAGACACCAAAACCUAGCACCAUCCUCUUAACCACAACAAUCAGUAACUCAAUCAUUACAACCCAGACUUCAUCAAGCUCUACCACCAUCCUAGCGGAUUCAACAGUUCACCCUUCAUCAAACUCAACAUCCAUCAUAGCUGGAGCCAUCGUUGGCAGUAUCGCUCUAAUUUGUUUCGUCAUGGCCGCAUUUUGUUGUUUCCGGUUCCGACAAAAGAAAAAGCAAGAUAGAGAGAGGAUGUUUGCAGAACCAGAAAGUCCAGAUCCUGAGACUAUUCAAUUUUAUACUACGACGGGAAAGACAUUACAAACUCCUAGUAGUACGAGGACGAGUAGAGACCCGAAUGGAGGAUUUUCUGGGUUGGGAGGAUUGGGAUUGGGAGAUGUUUUUGCGUCGUUUGGUGGAAGAACCCGAAGCAACAGUACAUCACCACCCUCAACAUCACCACCAGGAGGUCCUUCAAUGACCGAAUCUCAAAUUUCUCCCCCAAUCCACCUAAUGCAUCCAAUGCCUACAGUUCAUCCCACUCCCAUCCCCGAAUCACCAGAAGAUCACGAAAACGACAAACCACUUCCUUCCGACCCUGAAAAAUCAUCUCUAACACCACCUCCUGAGUUCUUACAUCCAGCUUUCCAUGUUCUACCUGGAACUAGUUCACAACCUGCAUAUCGACCUGGAUUAGAUUUUACGAUUAAUGAGUUGGAUGGUCGAGAGAUAGGUAGGGGAAGUGGUUCAAUUGGAGCAAGAAGUGAAGGGAUGAGUAUGACUGGAAGUGAGGGAAUUGUUAGUCCAUUGAGUACGCUUAAUAUGAGUGCGAGGGUUAGUUCGAAUGGAUUUAUCCUCUCGGAUAUGUACAUGAACAUUGUUAUGGACAAGGCCAAGGUCAAGGCAAUUCACACUCAAACGUAUCACCUGACAAUCUCCCACCCAAUGGCCCUGCAUCAAUCCGAUCUCGAUUCAGCACGCAUUGGUAUCACCAGCGCAACAACAGCCACUCAAAUUCAAAUUCGGAUUCGGAUUCACCGAUUCACUAUCCAAUCCAUCACCAACAACCACAAACCCAUCCGCACACCCAUCCACACACACAACUACAAACACAGCCACAAUCACAGCCACAAUACGCCCAACAAUUAG